AUGGUACCUCCGUCGAAGAAGCGCAAGCUUCCCGCCCCAGCCGAUCCCGCCCCGAAGCGCACCAAGAACUCGAAGCCGCAGCCUCGAAAAGCGAAGAAGGGCAGCAAGAACAACAGCGCUACUACCCGUCGGGCCGUCGACGCUACUGCACUCGAGUGGCAGGCCUUCGGCGAGGAGUUCGGAGCGCUCGAGGUGAUUGAAGGCGUGGAUGUGGUGAGGCAUGGGGAUCGGGUGCAGUUCAUGGUGGCUUCAAGUCAGGACAAGAAACAACCGGUAGCGAACGACGAGACCAACGAGAACGAAAACGACGACGACGACGACGACAAAGACGAUCAUGCGGACGAAUCUUUUGAAGGGUUUGGCGACGACGCUGUGGAGGUCGAGCGUGUCGGUUCCGACGAAGCUGGCAACGCUCAAGCUAGCCUGGAGAGCAAGGACGCUCCGGCAAAGGAUAAGGGCAAGGCUAAGUCCAAAGAAGAGCCCAAGAAAGACAAAAAGAAGGACGCAAAGAACAAGAACAAGAAGCAGCUGGUUUCCAAGGACGACGAGCAGCUGGCAAAGGCCCAGAAAGAAGUACAAAAGUCCGCUCCACAGGGCAACGCCUUCGACGCGCUGGCCGACGCAGAGGAAGACGAAGAAGUCGACAUGGAGGCCUGGGUUCCGCUGAACCUGUCGCCGCGCAUCAUGUCGGCCAUUGCCCGCCUCGGCUUCACCAAGCCCACCGACAUCCAGGAGCAGACGAUCCCCGAGAUUAUCGCCGGCGAGGACGUCAUCGGCAAGGCCCAGACGGGUUCCGGAAAGACGCUCGCGUUCGGCAUCCCCAUGGUCGAGCGCUGGCUCGAGAUGUAUGAGGGCCGUGAGGAGGAGGCUAAGAAGAGCGGCCCCUUGGCUGUCAUUCUGAGUCCGACCCGUGAGUUGGCCAAGCAGCUGGGCGACCAUCUCAAGGCCCUGUGCGACGGCCUGUCGACUGCCCCGUACGUCUGUGUCGUCACGGGUGGCCUGAGCAUCCACAAGCAGCAGCGACAGCUGGAGAAGGCGGAUUUCGUCAUCGGCACGCCGGGACGUCUGUGGGAGGUGCUGAGCGGCGACAUGGAGCUCCAGGAUUCCUUUGCCAAGAUCCGCUUCCUCGUGGUCGACGAGGCGGACAGGCUGUUCAAGGUCGGCCAGUUCAAGGAGGCCCAGGACAUCAUCGGUGCGCUGGACAAGCGGGACCCGGAGUCAUAUGACGACAGCUCCGAUGAGGAGGAGGGCGAUGAAGACAGCGACCCGUCUGCUACUCGACAAACGCUCGUCUUCUCGGCCACGUUCGACAAGGAUCUCCAGAUGAAGCUGGCGCACAAGGGCAAGAACCUGAAGGCCGAUGACCAGGAUAAGAUGGCCUACUUGAUGAAGUGCCUCAAGUUCCGGCGCGAGCCCAAGUUCAUCGACGUCAACCCCGUCAGCCAAAUGGCCACGGGACUGCGUGAGGGACUGAUCGAGUGUGGUGCAAUGGAAAAGGAUCUCUACCUCUAUACCGUACUGCUCCUCAACCCCGGCAAACGCACCCUCGUCUUCACCAACUCCAUCUCGGCCGUCCGCCGCCUCACGCCGCUUCUCGCCAACCUCAACCUGGCAGCCCUGCCGCUGCACUCGCAGAUGGCCCAGAAGGCGCGUCUCCGCUCGCUGGAGCGCUUCACGGCGUCGCGCAACUCGAUCCUCAUCGCCACCGACGUUGCCGCGCGUGGCCUCGAUAUCAAGGAGGUCGACCAGGUGCUGCACUACCAUGUGCCGCGCGCUGCCGACACCUACAUCCAUCGCUCCGGCCGUACGGCGCGUGGUGAGCGGAGCGGUGUCAGCGUGAUGCUCUGCGCGCCGGAAGAGGUGCUGCCGACGCGGCGCCUCGCGAACAAGGUGCACGAGAAGCGCGGGGCCAAGCGGGAGCACUUCAUCCAGACGCUUCCGCUGGAUCCCAAGAUGGCGUCGCGUCUCAAGCCGCGCGUGACGUUGGCCAAGACGCUCGCCGACACGGUGCUGGCCAAGGAGAAGGCGCACAGCGAUGACCAGUGGAUGCGCAACGCCGCUGAAGAGCUGGGCGUCGAGUACGACUCCGACGACCUCGACGCCGCGAGCAAGGGCAAGGGCGGCCGCGGCGGCGGUCGUCUCAAGAACGAGGCUGCGGCGCGCGGACUGACAAAGGCCGAGAUGGGUGCGAUGCGAGCGCAGCUGCGCGAUGAGCUGAGCCGGCGUGUCAACCUGGGCGUGAGUGAGCGGUACGUGACGGGCGGAAGGGUAGAUAUGGGCGCCCUGUUGAGAGAGGGCGCGAAGGGAGGAAUCUUUCUGGGGAAUACAAACGGGCUGGGAUUCGAUCUGUGA